UGGGCCCUUCAUUCUUAGAGCUCGCGGAUGGAUUGAUGAACAAGAAGAAAAGAGUGUUGAACGCUGAGUGUGAUAGAGAUGAAUUGGAUGACCUAGAUGAGCAAAAUUUAGCGGCCCUGAUAUUGCUUAAUCUCGGCGAAGGAUUGAGGUUGAGUGAAGAACUUUGUAAGGAAGAUGAUGUUUAUAAUAGCAAGAUAACUGAUGUUCAAUGUUUGGCGGUGCAGACAUUAACGACAGUCGAACUUUGUGAUCCCUUAUGUGUGGUUGAAACGGUCAUCUCUGACUUGCAACUAAAAGACGUGAAUAGUGAGCAACCCUUGGAAAACCAGAGUGGAGAUCAGGAAGUGGAUGAAGCAAAUCCGAGCACUGAGCUUGCAAAAUGCUUUGAUAUUAAUAUUCAAAAGAAAGUUCUUCGAACCAGCUUCUUGGAACGUAAUAGUACUGUCCGAACAUGUGAGUCGGUUGAAUCAAUGGAUGGCUCACCCAAACCAGCAGCCAAACUUGAAAGAAGAAUUCGCCUGCCUAGCUGAAAGAGAAAAGCUGUUGCAGCACAGAAGAAGAAUGAAACUAAAACGAGGAGAAAGAAUAAACGAUGGUCUUUACGUGAAGAAGAUAUUUGAAGGACUGCUGUGGAAUCGUAUGUGCUUCUUUUUCUUUUCAUGAAAUAUUGUUUACUUGUUCACACUCACGUAU